AUGCGGGAGUGUCCGUCGAGAAGUGUUAGAGGUAUAGUUCAGCCUACAGGAUCUGCAGCUGGUUCACCAUCAUCUGUAUACCCUCCUGGGCAGGGUUCUCAGACAUCAGGUGGUCGUGGUAGGGGCAGAGUUGGAGAGUCUAGCUUAAACGGUCCUCAGAACUGCAUUUAUGCAUUAGCUGUUAAUGAGUUCCCAGAUAAUUUUCCAGAUGAGCUUCCGGGUCUCCCACCAGAGCUGAAGAUUGACUUUUCUAUCGAUGUCUUACAAGAUACCCAGCCGAUAUCUAUUCCUCCUUAUAGGAUGGCACCUGUUGAGUUAAGGGAGCUGAAGGAGCAGUUGAAGGACUUGCUUGAGAAAGGCUUUAUCAGGCAUAAUGAGGACAUUAGGGCUGAUACGCAGAAGAUAGAGGCCGUGAAGACUUGGCCUAGACCCACGACACCUAUCGAGGUUCGUAGUUUCUUGGGCUUGGAGUUGAAGGACAGGUUGACUUCAGCACCAAUUCUGAUACUUCCAGAGGUACCAGAGGGUUAUGCUAUUAAUUGUGACACUUCAGGCGUGGGAUUGGGUUUCAUGUUAAUGCAGCACGUGGCUGAUGUUAAGGAGCGCCAGUACGAGGAUCCUAUGUUAGUCCAUUACAGAGAUACUGCCCCUCAGAAGGAGAAGACACCAUUUGAGAUUACUAGAGACGGAGUCCUCAGAUAUCGAGGCAGACUCUGUGUUCCUGAUGUUGAAGGGUUACAUCAACAGAUUAUGGGAGAGGCUCAUUACUCUCGUUAUUCUAUUUAUCCGGGGAAUACGAAUAUGUAUCAUGAUGUUAGAGAGUGCAGAUCACCUAUCAGAUGGUUCAAGGUUGGGGAAUCUAAGCUAAUAGGACAAGAAUUGAUCCAGCAGGCGAUUGAUAAGGUUAAGCUUAUUCAGGAAAGGCUAUUGGUUGCUCAGAGUCACCAGAAGUCUUAUGCAGAUAAUAGCCGACAAGAUUUAGACUUUCAGGUAGAUGACUGGGUAUUCCUGAAGUCUAUAAAUCCGGUCUUCCAUGUGUCUAUACUCUAUAAGUGCAUCGGAGAUCCUUCUAUAGUUGUACCUGUUGCUAAUGUACAGGUCACAGAGCAACUAUCAGAUGAGGAAGUCCCUAUUGCCAUUCUAGAUGGAAAGGUCCGUAGGUUGAGGACCAAGGAUGUGGCUUCGGUAAAGGUUCUCUGUAGGAACAAGAAUGUUGAGGAGAUAACUUGGGAAGCUGAGGAAGACAUGAGACCCACGUAUCCGCACUUGUUUCCGCUCCCAGAGGAGAUCCAAACUGAGACACCUUUGCCUUCAGGUUGGUAG